CUAUUAUGUGGGGAUUUUAUUGUUUUGCGGCGCUGCGUUCACGACAAUGCACAAAUAAAACGCAAAAAGCCAGGGCACAGCAAAUCAAAGGUGAACCAUGGCGACGCUAGUCAAGCCCAAGAAGGAGAAGGCCAAGAAGUCUCGGGGAGGCGCACGUCAGGCCCCAAAAGAGGAAGACGAAACGGAAGAGUUAUCAACAAGUGAAGAACAAAGACCAGUCGAAAAUGUGUCGCUGCUGGAGGAAUUCGAACGAGUGGCGGCUCUGGCCAGUGGCCAGCCCAUUAUCAGUCACGAUUGCAGUAUCUCCAGCGAUGUGUUACAAGAAUUACCCCAGGAACCAGAGCCAGAACCCGAACCCCAAAUGGAAACCCAAAAUCAAGAGGAAACCGAGCCCAGUGCCCCUACAGCCCCGCCCUCCACAAGCGUCCGCAUUGUUCAGUACCCUAACCUUCAGCCCAUGCACCUGUCCAAUGCCCAGGUGGAGGAGCACACCUCCAAGAUUGUCUACCGCCAGGCGGAGUCAUCACCCACUGGCUUUGCUUUGGCCCGGAGCCACAUAAAGCCGCUUAAUGCCGAGCAAUCAAAACAAAUCUACGAUUGUCCCGAUUUGGAGUUGGCCAAGCAGUUUGAGUUGGAGUUCCUCAUGAACUCCCUGCUGGAGUCCAGCGAAUCGGAUCCGCUGUAUGCUGCCCUUUUAGAGUACUACGAACUGCAGGGCAAGCUCACCUCGAAUCUUCAUGACGUGGAGAAGUUACGGAAGUCUUGCCCGGAGACACAGAAACAAAUCUGGGAGCGAGAGCCGGUGACACGUACGUUUUCGGGAACCUGCGGCGACGGCAACGUGGUGCAAGAGAGCGUGACCUACGAUCUCAUCAAGGUAAAUCCCAUCAAGUUGGAGCUGGCCCAGACUGCUCUGACGAGCCUCUAUGAUCUGGUCUGCCAUACUUACACCAACAACCUGAUCACGGCCAAGAUAACCAAAGUGAAGGUGGAUCAGAUUAUCAAUGACUUGCUAACCUAUUCCCAAGCAGAGGAACAGCCGGGAAUAGCCUUGAAUAAGGUGCAAUCUGGCCCGGCUCUGGAGUGUGUGUCUCAGCUAAGGCGGGCCAUCUCGAUACUCUUCAGCUUUGUCCGACGACGCAGUCCCAAUGCGAACUUUGACAAGGACCUCAAGGAAUGGCUGCGCAAGUUGAUAGCCUUGCAACUCUUGCUGGCCACCAGGGAGGACCAUUGGUUCCUGCUCUUCAACAUCCUGCGAUGUCCGAAUGGUGUGGGCUCCUGGGCAGCACAGUUUUUGCAAGUGCCAGGCAUGCAAGCCAUGGGUCCCAGCACCCAAAACAAUGAGCUGCCACUGGAAUUGAACUCUCCCGAACUUAACCAUUGCAUGGCCGUGCUGCAGAUCCUUCUGAUGCCUGUCAAGAAGCGCAAUGAGUACCUAAAGAGUCAGGCUGAUCUGACAGAGUCGUCGGGGGCCACGGAGCGCUGGAUAGUGGUGGACUCGGAUGGCGAGGACUCGCACACACCGACCGGCGAGUGCGUUGGUCUAAAGGAGAGCGAUUUGAUUGCCCUGCUAAACCAGCUGCCCUUUGAGAGGAUCUUUACGUCAGCACUGCGCAUAGAGAAGUUCCUGGAGGACUAUAUACUCGAGCCGGAUAUGAUCACAGCCCAGAAAAUGCUCACCGUGGUGGUGUUCUUUUCGCAGUUGGUCAGAACCCUGGGCGAGGGGCUGCUAACCUACAACAACGAGAGAUACAAGCAACUGGCCAAGCGUCUUGGACGCCUGGUGCGUCAUACUCUGCAAUAUGUCUUUGACUAUUAUGAAUUGUUCAAAAAUAACAACUUGUCAAAGUCCCCGGAGCUGUAUGAACGCAUCCAGGUGGAGCUGCAGGCCCUGCUCAUUCGUGCUUGUGGUUACAUUUAUCGCACUCGUAAUCUGGGCACCUGGCAGUACUUCUCAACCCUGCCUUUUGGCUCCUUAGAUGCGGAGGUGGUGUGGCAUCUGUUUUACUACCUGAAUGUGGGUUUUCCCACGGAUCUCACCAAUGAUCUGGUCAGCAAUGCAGAGGCUGCCUUCCAGGCCGAAGACUUCUGGGUGAAGUUUGAUCUGGCCAAUGCGGAUGUGGCGCCCGAGGAUAUGUACUACCUUUUGCAAACCUUUUUCGAGAUGGCCAACGAUCGAAGUCGCUCCAAGGAUGGAGGCCUGGUCAAGGCUGUCUGCCUGCACAUCUUCCGCAUUGGCUAUAUCCAUCGCUCUACCAGGGAGAUCUGCUACAAGACGGCACGCGAUAUGCUGGCCAAUCUGAUGGAUGAGGAUCUGUUUGGUUGCCUGCUCGUUCAGCUGAAGAUGCGCUUUGGGGAAGUAGACCAGGCGGCCUAUCUCUUCAAGGCUCUGCCGCUGGAGAACUGGCACCCGAGCAUGGACAGCUUCGAGGUUCUGUCCAACUGGCUGCUGCACUUUGAUUACCAGUCCUCAGAGAGUCACCUGGCUCGCCUUAUUAUCAGUCACCUGAACUGGGGACUGGAUAUCGAGGGUAGGCUCUUCCUGCCCCACAACAUCCAUGUGCGAAUGGCUCAUUUGGUAAAUGAGGCUUUGAACAAGUACGCUCCUGAAAUUAUAGGAGCCUCCGGGAUUUCGGAGAGUGUGCGUCAGGUAUCCUCCCUCAUCGACUCCACUCAGUCGAGUCGGGAGCAGUUUACCAACUGGUGCUGGCGCAUGAUUUCCCUGCUGCGACUUCAUCUCAUGGAUCAGGGUGUGGAGUCGGUGAAACGCACACUUCAGCAUCCCACGGAGCCGCUGCUUUUCAUACCCGAAAUGGAGCGCUUGGAAAUGGUCUUCCAGGGGGUCAACGAGAACCGCCCGUUGGCACUUUAUGUGGGCAUGCUGGUCAGCCUGCAUGGUCACUCGAUUCCGCUAAUCUGUCAGCAUGGAUUCAAUCUGCUGCAGCAACUGCUGCUAGAUCACCGGCAUGCGGCCACCAUACGGUGUCUGGAGCUGAUAGUGCCUCUAUUCCUGGAGACACCAGAGACGUUGGCGACUUGCGAGAGUUUCCAGAGAGUCUUGAUUACAUUGCUGAAUGCGGACAGAACCUACUUGAAGCUGGCCAAGGACAUGGUCUAUGCCAACUCAAUUGGGCCCAUUUUGGAACUGCUAGAUAAUAUGCUGCAUCACCAGAUUGUUUCCUAUACCAGCUAUGGACUGUGCUCACCGCUUAACCUGCUCAAUAUCUGGCUAAAUUGCUUCACCACGCUACCAGGCUGGUCACAAAACUCGAAUCUGCUGUAUCUUCUUGACAGGAUGCUGCGCAUUUCCUACCAAUUUCCAGACUGCCGUGUUCAGGCUGUGGAAUUCUUUUACAAUUUUUACAAAGAUUGUACGGACUGGAAGUCAGCCCCCAAGGGUUCCGCUUUAAAGGCCUUCUUUGGCGGCCAGUCGCCAUCGCGCAUUCCCCUCAUCUCACCGCAGAAUUGCUGGCUAAAUCUCGUGCUCCUCGAGAUUGAAUUCCGUCUGGUGGACAGUCGCAUCUGGCCCGAGCUACUGCGUCAACUUUCCGCCCAGCAAUUGGAGGCUGCUCUCAAGAAAACCAUUUCGCUGACCAAGGCAACUGCCUUUCCCCCCAGCCAGCUGGUGAUUUUCAAGUACGCCCAGCUGCUGGCCAGCAUGGACAGCAAUCACGCUCUGUUCCCCAUCGUGUGCCAGAAGUUCUUUGAGCUGUAUCUGUGGCGAGUGCCCACAGAAAAUGAAUCCCUCAAUUUUAGUCACAACUUUGGAGUGGCCGACAAAUUCUAUGAACACAAUGUGCCUUUGAUGAAGAGCAUCAAAUCCCAGCUAAAGUCAGCCGAGGCGUACUACUCGGCCUUGGCCACCAAGAGUGCCAGUGAUGAGGCCAUGGGCCACUUCUAUCGCAGCUGCUGCAAGCUGAUGCAGAGUUGUGCUCUGUGGCUGGAGGACACCCAGAUCAAUAGGUUUACCAGCGAUGCCGAAGCCCUGCCAGCUCAGUACAACUGCGAGAAGCUGCGUGAGCUUCUAGGCGGUCAUGUCAACCACUGGACGGAGUUCCUGUGCCUGGCCGCAUUGCGCAAGGAGCAGCGACAUCAGGCGGAUCAGUGGGCACGAAAAGUGUUGAGAGUUGCAAAUCAAAGGGCAGCCAGGACACCAGUUCAGCCAAAGCCGCGUCAGCCACCAACUCAGCAUAUUAAGAGCCUGCUCAACACCUACGAGAAGGUACUACCCAUACCCAUUCAUGUGCGCGUGGAACCCGUGCAGACGCCGCCCAUCAAUGGCAACAUAAUGAAUCUGCUGAAAAAGCGCUUGAGCACUUUUAAUUCAACCGCAAACACCUACCACUACAAGACAUCCGAGUUGAACUCACUGAACCUCAACUAUCUGGAGAGUGUGCCGGCCUUGUACCAGAUGAUUCCCUACGAGGAGACCCGGCGGAAGGAGUGCAACUCCCUGCUCUUUCAAAGGACUUGCACAGCGCCUGCAAAGAUCACCCUGACGCCAGAGCAUGUACGCAUCAACGAGGUUAUAUCCCGGAAGCAGACACAGAAUCGUGAAAGACACGACAAGAUUGUGGAGGAUCUGCUGCUGGCCAUGAAUGUGGAUAGUUUUGCCCAGGCCAUCGAGGAGUUUGGGGUUUGCAUUGGCGCUCUCUUGGUGGCGCCUUUGGAAGCAAAGGUCACGCAGAUUGGCGUGCAGGUCUUCUACCAUCUGGUGGAUAAUCUCAACGAGGUGACCAUGAAGUUUCAGCCCACACAUGACCUGUACUUCCAAGUGCUGGAGAAACUGGGAGUUUUCCUGCAAGCAGAUCAGGCUGCCCAAGGACUGGCCGUGCUCCGACUGGCUUUAAAGCGUCCUGAUCUGCUAGAGCUUCUGGCUGGGGUCUUUGUACCCAGCCGCACUGAUGUGGAGCACUUCCUGCCCAUGUACGAGUUUCUUAUUGACUCGCACUUGAAGCACUGCGACACACAGAUUCUUUUCGUGCUCUUUUCCAAGUUCGACCUGCUGGGUUGGCUGGAGGCCUAUCAGCCCAAGCUCAGCGAGAUCAAUCGCCUGCUCUUGCUGGUGCUCCAAGGAUUGGAGGCCUGGUCACAGCCGGAUAGUAGCCUCUUGCAGGAUCAGUUCCGCCGUCACCUGGUGCACAUUUUUGGCUACGACUUUCCCCAACAUUAUGGCGAGGUGAUGCAGAUGGUUUUGGAUCGAGUCUCAGAUCAGAAACUUUUGCCAGUGGUGCUCCAGGAUCUACUCAAUGCUCUGUUGGUGCGCUCCAAUUGCCAAGAGUUGACUUUGGACCAGAACGAACUGGAGGUGCAUGAACUGGCCCUGGACUUUUCGCGACGCCAGAAGCUGUUCACCUUGAAGGCGGCCACAGACACGCUCUUACUUUUAUCCCGACACUUUCAAAAGGAGCGACUGCAUCAUGGGCUGCAUGGCUUGUAUCCCAAGCACAAGGCCUACUGUCAGGCUCUGGUGCUGUGGUUUACCUGCUUCGGUCAUGUGCUGCUCGCCUCGGCCAUUUGCAGCUACCAGGAGCUGCUAGCUGAUCAGAUCAGCGACAUAGUUUUUGGCUCUAUUGUGGAGACCUACAGUCCCUGGCUGAUACCCUACACCGAGCAAACCGCCAGCGGCGUGGCUCACUGGAUAAGGCAGCUCACUCCCGGGCAGAGCAAGGUGCUCCUGCCUUGGAGCGAGCAGCAUGUGAGCAGCAGCAAGUUGAUGAUCCGUUCCUUUGUGGCCAUCAUAAUGCAAGUGCUGCAGUACCUGCCGUCGUCGAACAAGAUCCUGGAGCAUGUCUUUGCCUGGUAUGUCCAUCACUUUGCCCAGCCCAACAUAGCCGGUCAUGUGUUGGCCCCCAUUCAUGAGGGCUUGGCUCAGCUGCCCUGGCAACGUUUCUUGCCGCCGGCCCAGCAUGUGGAGCUGCUCUACGAUAGCCUGCAGCGUUACCUGCCCGAGUCACAUGCCAUGCUGGGGCACAUCUUCAUCCGGAUUGAUUGGAGCGCCUGGUUUGCCCAGAUGCCCCAGCCGGUGGCCAUUCUCUCGCGACUGUUUGGCAUCUUUGUGAAGAUUGCAUUUGAGCCGAACAUUCACAUCCAUCCGAAUACGAGUAAGAUCCUUGAGGAAGCUGUUCAGUAUCCCUGGCAUUUGGUGGAGUACAGCGAGCUGGAGCAGCUGCUCAAGUGGUUCGUGGCCAGUGUGGAGCCUGCCAUUGUCCUGAAGCUGCCUGCCGAGAGCAACUAUGCGGAUCGAGCUGUCUUGGAACUUCUUCGACAGGCCUGUGCCAUGUUGCCAGCAGCUUCUGCCCAAGAAGCAGUUGUUCUGGGCACCGCCAAGCGCAUGCUGUACACCCGCUCCAUGGUUCGUCUUCAGCGUGCCUGCGGAGCCAAGCACAAGAAGCUGCUGUCCACCAAGGAGGGGGAACGUGCCUUUACCACGGCUUUCCUGGAGCUAUUGAACAGCAUUGACGGGGCCAUCAGCAGCUGCAGUGAGCAUCGCACACCAGAAGAACAGCGCCGGGAGGCUCUUAACCUCAUGCUGGAGCUGGUGGCGCCCACCCAGACGCAGAGCCAGGAGGUGUCCAACAUCCACAUCAAGGCUCUGAUUCGAUGGCAACAGCAGUGUGCUCCGGGCAACUUGGUGAUGAACUCGGCUCUUCCAGCCAUCGGACACCUAAACACCUACAUUGCCAGCAUCUACUCGCUGCUGGAGGCCAGCAUGGAGAGCUACUUCCGUACCUCGCCGGAGAGUGCUCCCUGGCAUGCACCCAGCUGGUUGGGUUUGCUGGAGGCUCUGAGCAUGUCCCUGCCCAAGCUGGACCUGAUGCCCCUCAUGCAGGGCGGCUACUUGUUCUCUUUACACGUCUUUGUGGUGUAUAAAAUGGAGGAGAUAGCCACGGAUGGCGACAAGGUGACCUUCUUCCAGGACCUGACCCAGUUGCUGGAGAACAUCAAGACGAGUCCGCUGACGGAGCCCCGCAUGGCCCUCGUCUGGGGUGUGAUUAUAGCGCGCGGCUGCAAAAUACUGCAGGUGAAUCAGCAGAUGAAGAAGCCUUUGUACAUGCUGGCCAGGCAUUUGCAGAUUGCCUCCACGAAAGCCGAGGGCUGGAGCGAUGGACUGCUUGGCGUGAUUGGACUCAAGACGGAGGUCAUUACCAGCAGACGAAAGGUGUUGACCCGUUGCCUGGCCUGUGUCAUCUUCUCAUUGUUUCCGGCCAACCGAGACCUUCGUAUACCCUCCGAGGAGUACGAAAGCGGACUAAGGGAGCUCUCCAUGCUGUUGGCCAAUAAGAAGUUUACAGACGUAAAACCCCUCAUUGUCCGGGCUGUGAGCCUGCUGAAGGAGGUCACCUUUCCCGAUAUCCGGGCUGUGCCGCAUAUGGUCUGUCGGCUGAUUAGCAUCUUCUAUGAGGAGAGCUACCUGACCACCAUUCCAGAGGUCUGGGACUUUGACUUCAAGCUGAGUGCGGCGUAGCCAGCGGAGCGAGCGACCAAAUACAGCCAGAUGUGUUAUUUUUUAGAUGUUGUAUAUUUGUCUUAUCUAGGUUUAAGGUGAAUAAAGUGAUCAAUUUGCUGCAAUUUGGGAAAAACAAA